UCUGCUGCCUGAAAGCACAACUCAUAAACGGGACCCAUAAACAAGCUCUUUGCCGUUUGUUUUGUUACUCUUUGACGAAUUUGUAGCCUUCUUUUGGGGAGAAGAACUCUCCAAGGCUGCGACGCUCGAUGCAUUCUGCGGGAAGAGUCACUUUGAAUCUUCUUCUGAUUGUCCUAAUUACGCAUGAUUGUUUGUCAUCUAAGGGAGAAGACAGGCUGUUUCGUCGUUUAUUCAGGAGGUAUAACCAGUUUAUUCGGCCGGUGGAAAAUGUGUCUGACCCCGUUACUGUGGAGUUUGAGGUCUCCAUGUCGCAGCUUGUUAAAGUGGAUGAAGUCAAUCAGAUAAUGGAGACCAACCUAUGGCUACGACAUAUAUGGAAUGAUUACAAGCUCAAGUGGUCACCAACAGAGUUUGAUGGAAUUGAAUUCAUCAGAGUCCCAUCAAAUAAAAUCUGGAGGCCUGACAUUGUACUUUACAACAAUGCUGUUGGAGAUUUCUUGGUGGAGGACAAGACCAAAGCUCUUUUGAAAUAUGAUGGAACCAUUACUUGGGUACCUCCGGCCAUCUUUAAAUCAUCCUGCCCUAUGGACAUCACGUAUUUCCCCUUUGACUAUCAGAACUGCUCAAUGAAGUUUGGUUCCUGGACCUACGAUAAGGCCAAGAUUGACCUGGUGCUCAUCGGCUCAAAGGUUAAUCUGAAAGACUUCUGGGAAAGUGGAGAGUGGGAGAUUAUAGAUGCACCCGGCUACAAACAUGACAUCAAGUACAACUGCUGUGAAGAGAUCUACCCAGACAUAACCUACAGCUUCUACAUAAGACGGUUGCCCUAUUUCUACACCAUCAACCUUAUCAUCCCCUGCCUCCUCAUCUCAUUCCUAACCGUGCUCGUCUUCUACCUUCCAUCAGACUGUGGUGAGAAAGUGACAUUGUGCAUCUCUGUGCUGCUUUCCCUCACUGUGUUCCUCCUCGUCAUCACGGAAACCAUCCCGUCCACCUCGCUUGUUAUCCCCCUGAUUGGCGAGUACCUUCUCUUCACUAUGAUUUUUGUCACGCUCUCAAUCGUCAUCACCGUCUUUGUGCUGAACGUCCACUAUCGCACCCCCAUGACCCACACAAUGCCCAGCUGGGUUCGUACCGUCUUUCUCCGAGCUUUACCUCGUAUUAUGCUCAUGCGCCGGCCUCUCGACCUGUCUGAGUCUUCCGGAAAAGGGGCACUGGAGAGCGGGAGCUCAUCAGGGAGUGGAGCAGGAAAAGGAGGAGAGGGGAAGAAGAGGAAAAAUAGUGGAUCCCAACAGGGUGCAGUGAACUCUUUGGAGUUUGGAGAAGGAAAAGCUGCACUGGAGGGAAAGAAAGGGGGAUGCCCUUGUCACCCGAUGAAAGAGGCAUCCGAGGGGGAUUGUGGGAAAGUGAGUCGUCAGUUGAGUCCGCAGGCCAUUAACACGGUCGUGGCUUUCUCUGUGGUGUCACCGGAGAUCAAACAGGCUAUCGAGAGUGUGAAGUACAUUGCGGAGAACAUGAGGAGCCGCAACAAAGCCAAAGAGGUGGAGGAUGAUUGGAAGUAUGUUGCCAUGGUGAUUGACCGCAUCUUCCUUUGGGUCUUUGUGCUGGUGUGCGUGCUGGGAACCAUUGGCCUCUUCUUGCAACCUCUCAUUGGCUUUUUCUCUUAGUUGACAAAAUAACUCAGAAGUACACCUGCUGUAAACCAAUAAGAGGCACUGAAUAUCUGUUUCAGCAGUCACUGACAUACUGUCGUAUUUAUUUAUCAUAUACUGUAUAACAUAUGUUCUGUCACUAUAAAGCUGCACAACUAUAUACUGGUGUCUUUGUGCGGAUAGCUAUUCAGAUGUUCUGUUUUUCCUUCCACUUACCAAUUAAAGAGAUAGACACCCUC